CCUUUUACUUUUUCUACUUUUUCUAAUAAUAAAAUCAUGACAACGAAAAUAAAAUCAAAAGUUACACUCAGCUUAAUUUGUUUUUUUCUGUGUAUGAUUAACAUAAUAAAUGCACAAGAACAUAAGAUAGUUACUCUACCUGGACCUGAAGUUGAAGGAAUACCGGAAACAACAGAUUAUCCUAACAAUGAUUACGAAAAAUUAUUAGCUUAUUCGCUUUAUUUCUACGAAGCACAGAGAAGUGGUAUAUUAUCUGCAACAAAUCGAAUUCCUUGGCGACAUAAUUCUGCGCCAUUUGAUGGACAAAAAGAAGGGGUUGAUCUAACUGGGGGAUAUUAUGAUGCAGGUGAUUAUAUGAAGUUUACGUACCCGUUAUCAUGGACACUAACAUCGAUAAGUUGGGGAGGAUUAGAAUGGUUUGAAGGUUAUGAAUUAUCAGGACAAACACAAUAUCUACAUGAUAUGGUCAAAUGGGGAACUGAUUGGUUAAUUAAAGCAUAUUCACUUGAAACUAAUGAUUUAUAUGUUCAAGUUGGAAGGGAAGAUGUGGAUCAUAAUUAUUGGGGUGGGGAUUUAAACAUACCAUUACCAAGAGAUGCAUAUAAAGUGGGAGAGAAAAAUCAUGGUACGGAUGUAGCAUCAUCAGUGGUAGCAGCAUUCGCAAGUGCAUCAAUUUUAUUUAGAGAAAAAUUUUCGGAUUCAACAUACUCUGAUGAUUUAUUACUACGUGCUAAAGCAUUAUAUGUAUUUGCGGAAACAAAAGCAUGGAAAUUAUAUGGUGCCAGUUUACCGCAAGUUAAUAGUUUAUAUCCAUCAUCAAAUUAUCAGGAUAAAUUGGUUUGGGCCGCACUUUGGUUAUAUAAAGCAACAGGUGAAGAAAUUUAUUUUAACAAAGCUAUAAAUUAUUAUACUCAGUUUUUUAUACCCGAUUCCAUAAUAGCCAUUAAUUGGUCUGAUCAAACUUGUGCGAUAUAUUUUUUACUCGUUCAAAUAACAAAGGGAAAUGAAUUAUCAUAUAAAUUGCAAGCUGAAAAAUAUUUAGAUUAUAUGUUAAAUCCUUCAUUAGUACCAAAAAGUCCAUGUUCUUAUACUCCUGGUGGAUUAUUAUGGUGUAAUGGUAUUAGCGAUACUAAUAGUUUAAAUGUUCCAUUAAAUAUUGCGUUUGUUUCUUUACUAUAUGCUCCUUAUGCUACUACAACCGAAAAGCGUUCAAAAUAUAUGGAAUUCGCACAAUCUCAAAUUAAGUACGUCCUUGGUGAAAAUCCUAUGAAAAUGACUUAUGUAGUUGGAAUAAAUCCUAAAUCCCCUAAAAAUCCUCAUCAUGCUGGUGCUCAUGGCAGCACUACUAAUAAUAUGCUUCUACCUAUUGAGUCCACAAAUAUACUUUACGGUGCUGUUGUUGGUGGUCCCUCCAAAAAAGACUUAUAUAUUGAUGAUAGAACUAAAUAUAAUUCUACAGAGGUUGCAUUAGAUUAUAACGCACCAUGGCAAGGAUUAAUGGCAUAUCAAGUAAUAUAUUAUAAAACGAAAAUACCCGAAAAAUCAACACCUGGAGAUGGAGGUGAUAAUGAUAAUGAUAAUGAACAGAGUGAUGAUGAACAAAAUGAAAAUAAAGAUGGGAAAUCAAAAAUUGCAGAAAGUAAUGUUAAAUCUGGAGGAAUGAUUACUAGUAGAAUCGGUGGAAUUAUUGGUAUAGCAAUUGGUAGUUUACUUUUAGUUUUAUUGGGAGCAUCACUCAUUUGGAAACGUUCUAUGAUCGUUGCAUGGUUCAAACGUGAUAGAAAAAAAAGAGAUAUAGAAUUUAAUAUCGAAAACAAUGUUACUAGUAGACCUAGUAGUUUUAUCUCUCAUAUUAGUAGACCUAAUAGUGUUGUUGUUCCUAUUAGUAGUGUUGUUGUUCCUAUUAGUAGAUCUAAUAGUGUUGCUGUUCCUAAUAGUAGACCUAAUAGUGCUAUUAGUGGAUCUAAUAGCAGACCAAAUAGUGGUGCUGGUGUGGAAAGUUAUCUUUCAUUUUUCAAUAAUUUUUAAUUGUAAUAACUUAAUGUAUAAUAUUAUUUAAUGAUAAUUUAUGUAUUGUGUCUUUUUCUUUUUUUUUUUUAUAGAGACGCUAUUGUAUUAUAUAUUAUCAUAUAGAUUUAAUGGUUUCGAAAAUAAUUUAAAAUAGUAACCUACGUAAUAUAAAAAGAUAAUAAAGAAAAUACAAAUAUUACAAUUUAGACCUGCUACGCGUUUAAUUUUAUGAUAUAUGGUAGUGAUAGUGUUAGCUAUUUGGCCGUUUU